AUGACUCGCUAUGCGCAUCUGCAUGAAGAACUGCCGCUUGAGAAGUCGGCCCUCGAAUUUAUGAUGUCAUCGUUCCCUGACGUCAAGGAGAAAGAAGAAAUGCGAAAGAUUGUUGGUCGAUAUGGCAUAACUGGACGCGAGCAGGUUUGUCCAAUGAAGCAGCUAUCUGACGGUCAACGUUGCCGCGUCUCAUUUGCUUGGCUAGCCUGGCAACAACCUCAUCUACUUCUUCUUGACGAACCUACUAACCACUUAGAUAUGGAAUCCAUAGACGCUUUAGCAGAAGCUAUCAACUGCUUCCCUGGAGGGAUGAUUCUUGUAUCCCACGACUUCCGACUUGUGGGACAGGCACGUUUGUUAAUUUACUAG